UCUUCAGUCAGUGAGUCGGUCGGUGUGGAGGAGAGCGGACGUAGACGAGCGGUUCACGCCACCGGGACCCUGGGAUCUGUCUGUGUCACUCACGCACACAUACACGGCAGUGAGACUGUAAUACCCACUGGCAGGAGCGGAGCGCAGCAGCAUGGUGCUGUGAGGGCAGAGGGCAGACCGGGACCUGCGCCCCAAUCACCCCCCAAAAAACAGCGCUGUUGAUUUGUUUAUUUGCCGCAACCGCGAGCUUUCCCUCCAUCAUGGAGACGACAGGCUGCUGGCUCCUACUGGCUGCGCACUUGAUCCUCAUCUGCCACCGAGGUGAAGGAUAUGCUUACAGAAAUCAACGGAAGCUCUUCGAGGACAUUGACUGGUCAUAUGCAGGAACAUUAAACCAAAACAACUGGGCCAAGAGGUUUCCAUCUUGCAGCAACGCCAAGCAGUCUCCCAUCAACGUUGAGGAAAACCUGUCCCAGGUGAAGCUGCAGUACCAGAAGUUGCAGUUUGAAGGCUGGGAGAGUCCAACAACUGACAGGACAACCAUCAAGAAUGAUGGCAAGACUGUGGCGGUGGACGUGGAUGGAGAGUUUUAUGUCAGUGGAGGAGGCCUCAUGUCAAAGUUCAAGGUUGGACGUUUAACCUUCCACUGGGGACGCUGCAAUGCCUCUUCAGAUGGCUCCGAACACAGUUUGGAUGGAGUCAAAUACCCUUUAGAGAUGCAAAUCUUCUGUUAUGAAGCAGAUCGCUUCGACUCUCUAGAUGAAUCCAUCAAGGCUGGAGGCAGAAUAACAGCACUCGCUGUGCUGUUUGAGACGACCACAGGAGACAAUCCAAACUAUGCGCCCAUCAUAGACAGCAUCUUGAGCGUGAGCAGAUACGGAAAGAGAGCAGAGGUUUCACCCUUCACUCUCCAAGAUCUCCUGCCCAACUCCACAGAGAAAUAUUUCAUCUACAACGGCUCCCUGACCACACCGCCCUGCAGCGAGAUUGUGGAGUGGGUUGUCUUCAAGAACACGGUGGCCAUUUCUGAUGAACAGCUGGAGAUGUUCUGCGAGGUGAUGACGAUGCAGCAGGCAGGAUACGUGAUGCUGAUGGACUAUCUGCAGAACAACUACAGGGAGCAGCAGCAGUUCAUGGGACAGGUGUACUCCUCCUACACCGGCACUGAGGAGGUCCCCACACCAGUCUGCAGUUCAGAGCCAGAGAACAUCCAGUCGGCGCCCUACAACCUCAGCAGCCUGCUGGUGACGUGGGAGCGGCCGCGGGCUGUGUUUGACGCCACCAUCGAGAAAUAUUCUGUCACCUACAAAUUCGCCAAUGUAGAAAACGCUGUCCCCUCUGAAUACCUGACUGAUGGAGACCAAGAUGUGGGGGCGAUACUUGAUGAUCUUGUAUCCAACACCAGCUAUGUGGUACAGGUGGUGGCAGUGUGCACCAAUGGUCUGUAUGGACAUGUGAGUGACCAGCUGACGUUCACCAUGCCCGUCGACGACCCGGAAAAUACACUGGAUCCAGAUUCCAGUGAAUUUGAUGAAGAGGGCAACUAUGAUCCUGAUCUGCCAUGGAAUGAACCUGAACAAACUGAGGAUUAUGAUCGGGCUUUGAUUCCUAUUCAUUCACCAAGAACCACAACUUCUCCAUCACAUCUCUUACCUUUACCUGGCAUCAGAACUACAACAGGAGAUUCAGCUCACAGAAGAACCAGCACAGAUCCUGUUCCUUCUGUCCAGUUCCCACAGUCUGGUCAGGGGCGGAGCCAUUUGGAAGACACAGUACAAGGCAGUACCAACACGCAGCCACAAGGAGUCACCCUGCCACCAGACGUUAAAGGAAAUGCUGUCUUAAAUGGCAAUGUUCCCUUUUACUUCACGGCCUCGACAACGGCUAAGGAAUCCAAGGAAGCCAUGUCCACUUUAAACUCUCAUACAAAGACACAUGGUUUUGGAGGCAUCAUUCCAAGAGGUGGUGUUAGUACUACUACUCCUACAUUUACCAGUGCAAAGACUGGCGGUGGUGUUAGUACUACUACUCCUACAUUUACCAGUGCAAAGACUGGAGGUGGUUUUAGUACUACUACUCCUACAUUAACCAGUGCAAAGUCAAGAGGUGGUGUUAGUACUACUACUCCUACAUUUACCAGCGCAAAGACUGGAGGUGGUGUUGGCACUACUACUCCUACAUUUACCAGCGCAAAGACUGGAGGUGGUGUUGGCACUACUACACCUACGUAUACACCACCUAGUGCAAAAGCAAGAGGUGGUGUCAUCAUUACUACUUCUAUGUUUACCAGUAAAAAGACAGAAGGUGAUGGAAGUACUGCAACGCCUUCAUUUACCAGUGUAAAGCCAAAAGCUGGUGACAGUAUUUCUUCACAUAGCACCACUCCAACCACACUGAGGUCUCAGAGCUUUGAUAUGAGCAGAACAACAACAUCGCCCUACAGCCAGGCAGACACGGACCCAUUAAAUGAAGAGACCGCUACUGAAGGAGAUCUUUCACAGGUGACCUCCACACCGUCUCCCUCCACUGAGGCUGUCUCACGCCGUCCCGCGAGUCCGAGCAUUCCUCAGUCUCCGUCCACCACAACCUCAGUCCAGUUGAGUUCUGUUCUCUUGCAGACCACAAAGUCGGUGUUCAACGGUGAGAGCCCCUCUGUCCUACCCUCCUCUUCCUCCUCAUCCUUCACCUUCUCCUCUUUGUGUGACACCACGGACCCUAAAGCAGCCCCUUCUACCUGCCUGCAUGACCCUCCUUCCUCGUCUUGGCCUUUGUUGUCUGCGUCGGACUCCCAGCAUGCAGCUACCGCAACGCUGACUAGCCACGACCUGGCUUCUCCUUCAACCCCUACGCUUGCUACCUCCACCUUGCCUUACCCGCUUCACUCCUUGCACCCCCUGUCUGGUUGGGAGACUGAUCCCAUCUUCCCUGGUGUCGGCUUUGAUGAUAAUGAUAGUGAUGGUGAUGGUGAUUUGUUGUCUGGGUCUUCGUCUUUGUCAUUUUCUUCAGGGGAACCAUUAGAUUUUAGUAGUACCCCUCCUAUGCAAACAAUGCCGGAUGUGUCUGACACCACCGUCACUGCCAAGCACCUCUGGGAUUCGUCACUCUCAACAGUCUCUCUGUCUCUCAGCCCCACCCUUGAGCCCUCAGUUUUUCUUUCCAGUGACUUCCCCCUGACUCAAGGCUUAUCCCACUCUGUCUCAGCUGGGUUUGAAGACUCAAGGUUUGCCACAGGGAGCACAAUAGAAUCCCUCCUCUCAGAGGUCAGUGGUGAUGGGUUUACAUUCGUCAGCAAUGAGGUCACCAUGUGUGGCUGUUCUAUGGAGCCAUCGGCGUCUUCACCCGGGUUGCAUGCUUCUCCUGAGGUCCCUCUGCCGUCCUCAGUCUGGGACUCUUCUGGCUUAGAGCUUUACUCUAGCGUGGGCUUCCCCUCAGCCUCUGGUAUAGAUGACCUUCGCUCUCUGUCUGUGGCGGCUUCUGAUAGUUUGUUAUUUGACCAUAGCACUAUUUCUCCCUCAUCAUCCUAUUUACACCCCCACCUCCUACAAGCCACCCACAGUGACCUGCCCAUUUCUAUUGCAGCCAUGGCGACUGACGCCACUACUCCCCGGUUCUCGGCGUCCGAUGGGAAUUCUGCUCUCCAUACUUCUGCCCUUUCUUCCUCACCCACAGCCUCCCCCUUCACCCCCACCUCAGAGGGGCAGGUGUUAGAUAUGAGCAGCAGUGCCUCUGGCUCAGCCAUGUUCACUGACUUACAGGAGGGUGUAGAUCAGGAGUGGGACAGGGCUCAAAGUUCGGCUUCGGGGGAGAGCGCACUUCCUUAUUCGACCCACAUUGCGAUCACUGUUCCCCCGUCUACAACCUUGGCUUCUGGCCAGAGUCCAGAUGAUCAGGACGAACUCUCCUCUGCAUUUUAUUUUGAAAGCGAGAGUGGCAGUGCCAUUACCACAGAGGUAGGAAGCACUGUGCCUCCAACCAUUCCUGUGGUGUCAUCACCUUCACCCUGGCCACUGAGCGGGGAGGAGGAGAGCGGCUCAGGACAGGGUGAAACCCCGUACGACAAUGAGACAUCCUCUGACUUCAGUAUUGCUGAACGCACAGAAAGAGGGUCAGAGGAAGAGGAGCCGGUCGCAGAUGUCAGCAACAGCAGCCGUGAGUCGAGGGUCGGUUCGAUCCGGGAAAGGGAAAAGAAGGCCGUGGUCCCCCUCGCUGUCAUCUCCACCCUCACUGUCGUCGGACUUGUUGUCCUCAUCAGCAUCCUCAUCUACUGGAGGACGUGUUUUCAGACGGCUCACUUCUACAUCGAUGACAGCUCGUCACCCAGAGUCAUCAACGCAGCCUCAGCUCUAGCAUCUGAUGAGCAGAUGGCUUUUCCAGUGAGAGACUUUGUCAAACACGUCUCUGAGCUUCAUCACACCCAGGGCUUCCAGCGAGAGUUUGAGAUACUGAAGGAGAGCUACGAGGAGGUGCAGACGUGCACAGUGGACAUGGAGAUGACCACUGACGGCUCCAAUCAUCCUGACAACAAGAACAAAAACAGAUACAGCAACAUCCUGGCCUACGACCACAGCCGAGUGCGCCUCUCGUCGCACGGCGAUAAACACGGAAAAACAAGAGAUUACAUCAACGCAAACUAUGUAGAUGGUUAUAAAAAGUCCAGGUACUACAUCGCAGCUCAGGGUCCUCUGAGGUCGAGCACGGAGGACUUCUGGAGGAUGAUUUGGGAGCAAAACGCCAGCGUCAUUGUCAUGAUCACAAACCUGGUGGAGAAUGGACGAAGGAAGUGUGAUCAGUACUGGCCCACAGAGGUGCAGGAGGAGUACGGCAGCUUCCUGGUGACGAUGAAAAGCAGCAGAGUCCUCGCUUACUACACCCAGAGAACCUUCACUGUCAAGAACACACACGUCAAAAAGGGCUCCCUGAAGGGACGGAGCAAUGAGCGGACAGUUCUUCAGUACCAUUACACCCAGUGGCCCGACAUGGGUGUCCCCGAGUUCGCCCUGCCACUGCUCGGCUUCAUUCGCAAGUCAUCCAGUGCCAGGACCGACGACAGGGGCCCACUGGUGGUGCACUGCAGCGCGGGCGUCGGCCGCACAGGAACCUACGUCGUCCUGGACAGCAUGUUGAGACAGAUGAGAGAAGAAGGCACCAUCAACAUCACAGGCUUCCUGAAACACAUCCGCACACAGAGGAACUAUCUGGUCCAGACAGAGGAACAGUAUAUUUUCAUCCACAAUGCCUUGGUGGAAGCCAUCUUGGCUGGGGAGACAGAGGUGGGGGCAGCUCAUCUGCACAGGUAUGUUGACGAGCUGCUGACCGCGGGGUCUUCUGGGAAGACAUGUCUGGACAAGCAGUUCAAGCUGGUUUGUCCCUCCGGGGUGAAACAGGGUGACUACUCUACAGCUCUGCAGGACUGCAACCGCAGUAAGAACAGAAACUGCUCUGUGAUACCUGUGGAGAUGUCCAGAGUGCGUCUCUCUACAUCUGUGGGGGAAACAUCAGACUACAUCAAUGCGUCGUACAUCGCAGGUUACAGGCAGAAGAGUGAGUUCAUCAUUACCCAGAAUCCCCUGCCUGCCACCAUAAAGGACUUCUGGAGGAUGAUAUGGGACCACAACACCCAGACCAUUGUGUCACUGCAAGGGACACCAGCAAGUGGGGCGGACAAGGACGAGGCAGAGAUGUGCGUCUUCUGGCCCAGCAAAGGGAAGCCGCUCACAUUUGACCUGUUCACCGUCAAGCAAAGCAAUGAGGAUCACGUCUGUCUGACCAACGAGGACGUGCUGGUGGUCGAGGUGUACGUGCUGGAGGCUAAACAGGAUGACUUCAUUCUCGAGGUGAAACACUACCGCGCUCCCUGCUGGCCCAAUCCUGACAGUCCCGUCAGCAACACCUUUGAACUGCUCAACCUGGUCAAACAGGAGAGCGCUGCCAAGGACGGACCGACUGUAGUCCACGAUGACGUGGGCGGAGUCACAGCAGGAACGUUCUGCUCGCUACUGUCACUGACUCGUCAGUUGGAGGCCGAAGCGUCAGUCAAUGUUUAUCAAGUGGCCAAACUGACGAACCUCAUGAGACCAGGAAUCUUCAAUGACAUUGAGCAGUACCAGUUCCUGUACAAAGCCAUGCUGAGUCUCAUUGGGACACAAGAAGACGAGGAAGUUCUCCAGUCCACCGACAUCAACGGCAGCAUCGUGGUGGGAAGUGCCAGCAACACAGAGAGCCUUGAAUCCCUGGUGUGACGACCCGAAUAAGAAAAGAAAAGAAAAGAAAAAAAAAAGAGGAACUUUUCCAAUCGAGCUACUGGUCCUUCCUUCUCAACUACCAACAGAAGUUCACCUGAUGCCAUGCUGCCGCUGCUCAGUAAAACACCGCUGUCGUUGAGGACUAUGCGAGUUGUAGUUUGAGAGUGGCUUGUGCAGAACUUUCUUUACUGUGUCUGGACUCCCUAUGGUUUUGUAAUGUGUGCCUUUUUGUAUUUUUCACCCUGUACGUCCGUCUAACUUUGAUACGAGCUGUAAACUAACUGACGUUUUAAUGCGAUAUUGCCCUGAGAUGUUUCACUUAAUUAACAAAGAUUUCCUAAACCUUUGUAUUUAUUGGCACUGAGCCAAAUGGGGAAAAAAGGGAAAACAGCACCUUUUUUGUUUUUUUUUUAACAUGAAAGGAGACAUUUUGUCCGUGAGUCCUUUAGAGAGUUUAUGCACUGAACUCCUCUGUAAAUACCACGGUAGCUGCAGUCUGAUAUUGAAGUCAAAUAUAAAAAUAAGGGCCUGAAAUAAUAAAAAAUAAUAAUAAUCUAAUGUAAAUAAUAUUAUAGUUAUCACUUUGAUGGACCAAAUUUAUAUUUAUACUUUUAGAUUUUAUAUUUUACCUUUUUUUUUUAGUGCAUUUAAACGUUAUGGUUUAAUUCUAAUUGCUAGUUGGAGAACAUUAAUGCUUUUAUAUUCUGGAUUUUGUAACACACUAAACGUGAUGCAUGGGGUACUGACUUUUUUUUUUUAGCUGGACAUGAAACACUGCUGGAUUAUUAGCUAGUUCAUUCAUUAAAUAAGUGAAACACCAA